AGGUUCCUUUUGCGAGGUCCUUUGGCAGUCCCCCUCCCUGUGGCGAGUUGCGACAAGUUGCGCGUGUGGCAUCAUCCAUCGCAGUCGCAGUUUGCGUGCGAGACAACGUGGUUGGCGAGGCAAAGUGUUUUAACACUUUGGUGUGUUAUUUCCCUGUGGUUUAAAUGUUUGCACCAGCUUGUUCUGCUAGUGAUUGUUUGAGAUUAGAACGUCUCGUUUUCCCCAAGAGUGAACCGUUUUGGAGUCGUCAUUGGACAGUCAGCACCAAGCUUCAACAAUGUCGACGAUCAAGGAUCACAGGAGCUCCAUUGGUGCACAUAUUGCACGUCGACAGUCCAUAGCAAAAAAAGUCAGCUUUCAACUGCCUCGUAACUUGAAAGGUACUCUCCUGGAUUUUACCAAUGGUCUGGAUCAUCGACCAUACCAAGACUUGGUAUGCAUUUUGCGUGAUUCGGAAGUCAAGGAUGAGGACCUCUGCCUCCUCUUGAAAGAAUCUCAGGACUGCAUUUCUAUUUUAAAUCAAAAUCUUCGGUUAUUCAUUCAGGUGUUGCUUAUUGUUAAAUGGACACACAGAGGACCAGAAGCUGUUUCAGCUUUCCAAAGUUUCCUCUUAGACUUGUGCUCAGCCCACAGCUACCACACUGUUGCAGUGCUGGAUCACCUUGUUGAAAAUUUCAUGAGAGUUCCAGAUCCUGAUUCAGAUUGGCCUGCUGGCGAACCGUCCCCUAUGGAAGAACAAAUUUUUCAAAAUUCUCAUCAUGUUCUGAAGCAGUUACUGAAGAUGGUCCCAAUGGCGGGUGAGCUACUCGUUUCAUCUCUGGCAAAGUCUUUUCCAUAUAAAGGAAAAACAACUGCAAUACAUCGGUCUUAUGUUUACAACAUGCUGGAAAUUUUAAAAUACCAGCCCAAGUAUCGACAAGACUUUCUUUCCUUGAUUGUUUCUAAGAUGGUGGAGCUAGAUGUAAAUGCACCAAGAGCUGACAUUGAUUUGGCUGAAGAUGAGGAGAUGGAUGUGGAGACUGAAGACAUUUUCUCCAUGGAGCAAAACUCUAAAAUGAAGCAUCCUGUAGCAAAUACUCUAGAUCAUUUAAUGUUGCAACUCUUCAUAUUUAUCAAAAAGGAAUGUACUGAUCCUAUUUCCAAUGCAACAACUCUCGAGAGAUGUUACUCAGUUUAUAAAGAAUUUCUUCAGAUCUUUGAAAGGGUAAUAUUGCCAACUCACAACACUCACCAUGUACAAUACAUCAUGUGGUACAUAUGCAGCCUGAGGCCUAAGCUAGCAGAGGUGUUUGUUAAGUAUCUAUGGGCUCAAGCUCUAGGAGUCCACCUGCCCCCCAUAAGAAGACAGUCAGCAAUUGCAUAUAUUGCUAGUUUUCUUGCCCGGUCCAAUUAUGUCAAGAUUGAGUUCCUCAAGGAUGUAUUGCAAGAUAUGGCUGACUGGAUUCACGGCUACAUUAAUAAUCAAGACGGACAGAAAGCCGUAGAAAUAAGACUGCAUUCAGUAUUUUACAGUGUUUGUCAGGGAUUAUUUUAUCUGAUGUGUUUCAGACACAAGGAGUUGUUUAGAACAAAGCAGAAUAUGGUGUUUUUGAGGGGGUUGAACCUUACCAAAGUUGUCACUUGCAGUUUAAAUCCUUUGAAAGUGUGUCUUCCCGAAGUAGUCAAAAAGUUUACAGCAAUCACUCGUGCUUACCAGUUGGUGUAUUGUAAUUCUGUGGUUGAGCGUAACUCAAGAAGUGCUGUGCCUAUAGUUCAUACCAAAAACCAUGUUAUGCAGCCUGACCAACCAAGUAACUUGCUGGAGACCUUUUUCCCCUUUGACCCAUACAGACUGCAACGGUCUUCCGCUUUUAUUGCUCCUCACUACAGUGUUUACCAAGAUGACAUCCCCAAUGAAGAAAACAACAAGAAGGCAGACAAUGACGAAGAUGACUUCCUCCAUGAGUCCAUGAGUGUCAGUUUUAAUGACAAGAGAUUCAGUUACAGUUCGUCACCAGGAUUCUUACAAGAACAUCCCCUGCAUUCUGCCUCAUCACCCCUCCUUAGGCAGUGCAUCUGAAACCUUCCUGCUGCUCUGACCUGUUAAUUCAAGGAACGGAACAUGUAUGAAAUAUGUUUGGUUCCAACAUGCGAUGAUCAGAAAAAAUGUGAGUCUUAGUUGCUGUUAGCAGGUAUAGCUUACAUUCUUGCCUGAAUGUUUUAUGGUUGCAGGUUGCUCUAAACCUGAUUUCCUCCACAUAAAGGAAUAAAUAUGAACAGAUGCAACCUACAAUGGAGUUGGUUCAGUGCUGGUAUGAGCAUAGUUAGAAUUGAUGGAGGCUAUACACGAGAAGAGGGAUUUGUUGUAUCUCUCUCUCUUUAAUGUGUAUUUCCUGUAAAUUUUUAAGGCAUUGAUGAGAUCUAAUUAGAUUAAGUUUUGAAUUGGUGCCCAACUAUAGCAUACUGUUUGCUCACUUUGACUGUUAUAAGUUUUGAAGAUAUUACUAUUUUAAAGUUGUUAACAACAUAACUGUGAGGGUGUAUGGUGUUGAAUGAACACUAUUUACUAGUGUAAAGGCAGUUGUUUAAUUCUGUGAUGUUUAUUGUUUGAUUUUGUUAAGCUGUGUACAGAUGUUUUAGCUUUUUUAUCUGGUUGCCUUAUCUGGGCCAUAAGACCGUUUACUUUUGUUGCAAAUUAGACAAAUCCAUUGAAAUUGAAUUGAUUUUUUAAAUAUUUGAUCUUUUCAUGUUCCAGUUUAAUUCUUGAGCUUUGCUCAUUGUGGAAGUAUGAACAAAUACAAUCUAUAAUGUACUUUUCGCAUUGCUAGCUGUUUUGGCUGAGUCUAGUUGUGGAUGUGUCCGAAGAAGUAAGAUGUGCAUGUAUUGAAUACACAAUUGUGUCAGUGCUUUUUGAAAUCUCACUUCUUUCUUCUUUAGUUUGCUCAGUCACUGGUAAUCGUCAUCAUACUAUCCUGCUUGUGAGUCCUUGAUUUGAUUUCCUUUUCAUUUGUUAUGAUUAUUUAUUGGACGAAAAUCAAUUUGUUGUGUACAUACUUCCUUCUUUCUUCUUCUUAGGAACUAUAAUUGAAGGGAUAUAAUGGCAUAAUCGAUUUCUUGAGACAUUAUGAAAUCUUAUUUUUGUUGUAUGAACUGUGAUAAGCUCCCAUGAAUGCAAGCAAAGAAUUUGUGCUAUAAUGAUAUGUGACAAGUAGAUUUUUUGUGUCCAUACUUUGUACAUUUGCUUUCAUGUACAAGUAUUUAUUAAAGAAACUUCAGAAAAAUUU